AAAGGGCAGUUAUGGCGGCGGCCUCAUCUUCCACGGGCCCGAGUAGGCCCGACGAAGCUGCGGUGACGCCCGGGGCGCUGCAGUACAGCCUCUUGCUGGAGCACUUGGUGGGCGAGAAGCGCGGGCCGAGGCAGGCGAGGGCCUUGGACCCGGCCGCCCUUGGGGGCUUCCCGGCGCCAGCCAAAAGCCCCGAGCAAAAGAUGGUCGAGCGGGCCAUGGAGAGCUGCGGCUUCAAGGCGGUGCUGGCCUGCGUCGGGGGAUUCGUGCUGGGAGGUGCCUUUGGUGUGUUCACAGCAGGCAUCGAUACCAAUGUGGGGUUUGACCCCAAGGAUCCGUAUCGCACGCCAACAGCCAAAGAGGUCUUGAAAGACAUGGGGCAAAGAGGGAUGUCCUACGCCAAGAAUUUUGCCAUUGUCGGUGCCAUGUUUUCCUGCACUGAAUGCCUGGUGGAGUCUUAUCGAGGCAAGUCUGACUGGAAGAACAGCGUGAUGAGUGGGUGCAUUACUGGAGGGGCCAUUGGCUUCCGGGCUGGCCUGAAAGCCGGGGCCCUUGGCUGUGGGGGCUUUGCUGCAUUCUCUGCAGUGAUUGACUACUACUUACGGUAGCAGCUGAUGCCAAUGAAGGAGGACCUUCUGGUGUGAACUGUGCAGGACAGCUGGCCCAACUCACUU